GCUAUCCAGCGUACCAAGCGAGAGGAGGGUGGCCGAGUCUUACCCAACUCUUAUCACGGCGACUAUGCAGUAGACGGUGAUCGGCUCACCUCUGGUGGGUUCCACAAAACGACACCUGUCUACCAGCCCGGGCGCUCCAAUCCACCCUCCAUGCCCGUCGAUGAGGAACACCUCGGUCAUCUCGUCAACCCUCAUCCCCCAAACCCCACUACUCUCCACUAUCGAAACAUGGCUCAAAACAUGGACUUGAAGACACCCCUCUUGGAUGCUGGGUUCACCGGCGACCUCAUCACCCCCUCUGACCCAGACUACCAAACCUCCCUCCGCCGCUUUGCAAAGAACGCUCAACGCAACGCCGGCCUCGUCGCAUUCGUCAAGUCGGCCGAGGACGUCGCCCGUGCGAUCAAAUUUGCCUCUACCAACUCGGUUUCAUUCGUGGUCAGAGGUGGCGGGCACAGCACGGGGGGCUCGUCGUCCAUCGAGGGCGGGAUGGUCAUCGACCUGUCAAAGUAUUUGAAUUCGGUCAGAGUGGAUGAGGAAAAUAAGCUCGGCUAUGUCGGUGGAGGUGCAAAUUGGAAAGCUGUGGAUGAGGAAACUAUCAAGUAUGGUUUGGCUACUGUGGGUG